UGGGGUGUGCGCUUGCAACGCAUACCUCUUUCGCCUGUAAACACGCCACGUACCGCCAAGAAACUGGUGUCAACCGCCCAAACUCUUCUCUCAUUUCACUCAAAAACAUUAACCCUUUUUGAUUAGUUUUAACACAACAGUUUUCUUAUUACGAUGGACGCACAAAGCCUAAUAGCCUCGGCGGCCAUUAACAUAGGCUUGGCCAUGGUGGUCCUCUCCCUCUUCUCCAUUCUCAAAAAGCAACCUUCAAAGGCCCCCAUAUACUAUGCUCGCCGUCUCUCCAACGACGAGUCGUUUCAACUGAUCCACCGUGACCAGUCUCUCUCUACUCUUCGUCGUUUCCUUCCUUCCGUCUCUUGGAUUCGUCGAGCCUUUCACGUUUCCGAGACUGAAAUCCUCCACACCAGUGGCCUCGAUGCUCUUGUCGUAAUUAGGCUCUUCAAGUUCGGUAUCAAAUUCUUUGUGGUGUGCUCUCUCAUUGGAAUAGUAGUACUUCUUCCGGUGAAUUAUAAUGGCCAAGCUGAAACUUCUAGGAUUGACCACUCAAUGGAUUCCUUCACCAUAUCAAACAUCACCAGAAGUUCUAACAGGUGUUUCAGUCUAUACAGGCUUUGGAUACACUUUGUAUGCUUGUGGUUUAUAUCUCUUUAUGGACUAUACCUAUUGCAUAAGGAGUAUAAUGAGAUUUCUGUCAUAAGAAUUCAACAACUUCGGCACAUAAGGCAUCGCCCUGAUCAGUUCACAGUUCUAGUUAGGGAAAUCCCUUUCUGUAGUGAACACAAGGCUCAUGCCUGUUGUGCUGAUCACUUCUUCUCCAAGCAUUAUCCUCAUGAUUACCAUUCUUAUCAGAUUUUAUAUGAUGGAAAAGAUGUUGAAGACUUAGUGAGUCAGGCGAAAUUGAUUGCAAGAAAGAUAGAUGAACUGAAAGAGAGAUCCUUGGCAAGGCAGACUAAGAGGGGAGUUUUCCUGUUGAAAGAAUCUAGACGUGAGAAAGAAAAAUUAGCUUUACAAGAGGAAAAGCUUGAGAAUCUUCGUCUCAAGAUUCACCAAUUGCAGUGUGAAAAUGCACUCAAACAGAAGGAAUUUCCUGUUGCAUUCGUUACUUUCAAGUCGCGGGUUGGUGCUACGCUAGUGUCUCAAUCUCAGCAGCACUCAAAUCCACUUAUUUGGAUUAGUAGCAUGGCUCCAGAACCAAGGGAUGUAUCGUGGCGAAAUUUGACCAUUCCAAGUAGACUAUUGUCACUUUGCAAACUUGGAGCUGUUGUUGCAGCCUCACUCCUUACCAUUUUCUUUGUUUUUCCAGUCACUGCUGUUCAAGGAAUAGCCAAAUUUGAAAAACUAAAGACAUGGUUCCCUCCUGCUAUGGCUAUACAGUUUAUACCAGGUUUAAGCUCUAUUGUGACUGGUUAUCUGCCGAGUGCAGUUCUUAAAGGCUUCAUAUACAUUGUUCCCUUUGCUAUGCUUGGAAUGGCUAAGCUAGCUGGAUCUAUCUCAAAAAGCAAAGAAGAAAUUAAAACCUGCAACAUGGUUUUUUACUUUUUGGUGGGAAAUGUAUUCUUCUUGAGUUUGUUGUCUGGCUCCUUACUCGAUCAAAUCGGCGAAUCCUUUACUCAUCCGAAAAAUUUCCCUACUCGACUAGCUAGUGCUGUCUCUGCUCAAGCAGAUUUCUUCUUGACAUAUAUCUUAACAGAUGGGUUAUCCGGGUUUUCAUUUGAGGUUCUUCAGCCAGGAUUACUCUUAUGGAAUGCCAUAAGAUCUUGCUUCUGUCAUCGCCGAAAGGAAAAGAAUCCUUACCUCUAUUCACUACCUUACUACAGAGUUAUUCCUUUAGUAUCUCUAUCAAUACUGAUUGGAAUGGUGUAUGCAGUUGUGGCACCUUUGCUUCUCCCAUUCCUCAUCGGUUACUUCUGUUUAGGCUAUGCUGUGUUCAUCAACCAGAUUGAAGAUGUAUAUGACAUUAUCUACGAGACUUGUGGAAAUUAUUGGCCUUAUAUUCACCACUACAUCUUAGUAUCAAUCAUUCUCAUGCAAAUCACUAUGAUUGGUCUUUUUGGAUUGAAGUCAAAGCCAGCUGCUUCCAUUUCCACAAUUCCAUUACUCAUCCUAACUUUAAUGUUCAACGAGUACUGCAAGAUGCGUUUUCUCCCUUCGUUCCACAAUUUUCCGGUUCAGAGUGCCAUGGAAAAUGAUGAACUUGAUAUAAAGAGUAACAGGUUGGAAUUAAACUGUAAGAAUGCAAGCAAAGCCUAUUCCCCACCUUGUUUGCAGUCUUUUAACUCAGUGACAUCACUUGGCUCAAACUCAAGCUCAAGCUCCGCACAGCCAUUGGUUUCAACAUCAUGACAUUUGUACCAAAAAUCCCUUCUUCUACUCUUCAAGAUCUCAUUGUAAAAUUUUCUUUUUGUAAAAUUUAUUCUUUGAUGAGAAGUUGGUCUG